AUGUCUUCUGAUGGUGUUGUCACAGAGAUUAAAACCCCUCUCCAGAAUACGUUGAAUAUUAAACCUCAACUAGUUGAAGGAAUUGAGUCGAUUUUGGUGAUUGGAUCUGGAGGAUUAUCAAUUGGGCAAGCAGGCGAGUUUGAUUAUUCUGGUUCUCAGGCGAUUAAAGCUUUGAAAGAAGCUGGUAAGAGGGUCAUCCUUAUCAACCCGAAUAUUGCUACGAACCAAACGUCACAUUCUUUAGCUGAUGAAAUCUAUUUUCUGCCGGUCACUCCUGAGUACAUAACGUAUCUUAUAGAAGUAGAACAUCCAGAUGGUAUUCUUCUGACGUUUGGUGGUCAGACUGGUUUGAACUGUGGGGUUGCCUUGGAAGAUUUGGGAGUGUUGGAUAAAUAUGGCGUGAAGGUAUUAGGUACUCCAAUUAGUACAUUAAGGACCACUGAAGAUAGGGACUUAUUUGCUAGAGCGUUGAAAGAGAUAAAUAUUCCUAUUGCUGAGUCGAUUGCUUGUGAGACUGUGGAAGCGGCUGUCGAGGCUGCAAAAAGGAUCACAUAUCCGGUUAUUGUUAGAUCUGCAUAUGCAUUAGGUGGUUUAGGAUCAGGUUUUGCUAACAAUGACGAAGAACUGAGACAAUUGUGUUCUCUAUCUUUGGCUGUAGCACCCCAAGUGCUUGUAGAGCAAUCGUUGAGAGGUUGGAAAGAAAUUGAAUAUGAAGUCGUAAGAGAUAGGGCUGGUAACUGCAUAACAGUUUGUAAUAUGGAGAAUUCUGAUCCACUCGGAAUCCAUACGGGUGAUUCAAUUGUUUUUGCACCAUCGCAAACGUUAACGGAUGAAGAAUUUCAUAUGUUAAGGACAGCGGCUAUCAAAAUUAUUAGGCAUCUUGGUGUAGUUGGGGAAUGUAAUGUUCAAUAUGCAUUACAGCCUGAUGGUCUUGAUUUUAGAGUUAUAGAAGUCAAUGCUCGUCUAUCUCGAUCUUCGGCUCUAGCAUCCAAGGCAACAGGUUAUCCACUUGCCUAUACCGCUGCAAAGCUUGCUUUGGGUUAUACACUUCCAGAACUUCCAAACCCUGUUACCAAAACAACAGUUGCUAACUUCGAGCCAUCGUUAGAUUAUAUUGUAGCAAAGAUUCCGCGUUGGGACUUGUCAAAAUUCCAAUUUAUUGAUAGGUCAGUUGGUUCUGCAAUGAAAUCAGUUGGGGAAGUUAUGGCGCUUGGCAGGAAUUUCGAAGAAUCAUUCCAAAAAGCUUUAAGACAAAUUGAUCCGGUAUUCAUUGGAUUUCAAGGUUCUGAUGAAUUUACCGAUCUAGAUGAGGCUCUGCGUGAACCCACUGACAGAAGAUGGCUUGCAAUUGGCCAGGCUCUCAUCCACGAGGGAUACACUGUUGAAAAAGUACAUCAGUUAACGAACAUUGACUCCUGGUUUUUGUAUAAAUGUAUGAACAUUGUUUAUAUGUACAAAGAAUUGGAGAAGUUUGAUUCAUUGUCAGAACUUGAUGCAGACCUUCUUCUAAAGGCCAAAAAACUCGGCUUCUCUGACCAACAAAUUGCAAUAUCAAUAGCAGCGGAUUGUAAUGAACUUCAAGUUAGACAACAUCGGAAAUCAUUAGGUAUUAUUCCCUUCGUUAAGAGAAUUGACACGUUAGCUGCGGAAUUUCCUGCAUCUACCAAUUAUUUGUAUGUGACUUACAAUGCAGUAAAGUCGGAUGUCAGCUUCGAUGAAAAUGGCAUAAUGGUGCUUGGCUCUGGAGUUUAUCGUAUCGGUUCUUCGGUGGAAUUCGAUUGGUGUGCAGUUAACACAGUAAAGGCUUUGAGAAAUGAGGGAUACAAGACUAUUAUGGUGAAUUAUAACCCAGAAACGGUUUCUACAGACUUUGAUGAAGUGGAUCGAUUAUAUUUUGAAGAGUUAUCUUUCGAAAGAGUGUUAGAUAUUUACGAAUUGGAAAACUCGAAGGGUUGCGUCAUAUCUAUGGGAGGUCAAUUACCCCAGAACAUAGCCUUGGAAUUAUAUCAAGAAGGUGUUAAUACACUCGGUACCUCGCCGGAAUAUAUUGAUAAAGCAGAAAAUAGACAUAAAUUCUCCACUAUACUUGACUCUAUUGGUAUUGAUCAACCUCCAUGGUCGGAAUUAAAGUCAUUGUCUGAUGUAAAAGAGUUUAUUCAAUCUGUGGGUUAUCCAGUGCUUAUCAGACCAUCCUAUGUAUUGUCAGGCGCUGCCAUGAGUGUCGCUAAUAAUGCUGAUGAACUAAAUUUAAAACUCGCAAAUGCAGCUGAGGUGUCACCAGCCCAUCCUGUAGUAGUAUCUAAGUUUAUUCAAGGCGCUGAGGAAAUUGACGUUGAUGCUGUUGCAUAUAAUGGAGAAGUCCUCGUCCAUGCAAUCUCCGAACAUGUGGAAAACGUAGGAAUACAUUCAGGUGAUGCUACAUUGGUUCUGCCCCCGCAAGGAUUGUCUAAUGACAUCAAAUUACGUCUAAAGCAACUCACAUCGAAAGUAGCCAAGGCCUGGAAUAUUACCGGCCCUUUUAACAUGCAAAUUAUUAAGGACGACAGAGAGCAAGGCACUUCAUUGAAGAUAAUAGAAUGUAACAUAAGAGCAUCUAGAUCUUUUCCAUUUGUUUCCAAAGUUUUAGGUGUUAAUUUUAUCGACGUAGCUGUGAAAGCUUUCCUUGGUGGCUCUAGAGUCCCAGCACCAGUAGACCUGAUGGAUAAAGAGUAUAAUUAUGUUGCAACCAAAUGCCCGCAAUUUUCCUUCAUUAGACUCCCUGGAGCAGAUCCCUCCCUCGGAGUAGAAAUGGCUUCCACCGGUGAAGUAGCAUCCUUCGGAAGAGACCUGCUUGAAAGCUACUGGACCGCUAUUCAAAGCACUCUGAAUUUCCACCUCCCAUUACCGCCCUGCGGCAUUCUUCUCAGCGGCGAUUUGUCAGAACCCUACCUAGGCGAAGCAGCUACGUAUCUAAGCCCAUUGGGCUACACAUUACUUGCUACUAGCCCAGCCACAAGACUCUACUUGUCCCACUAUCUCCACCCCGAUGCCACUGUCCAUGUCAUUGAAAUCCCCACCAACGAUAAAAAGGCUCUCAAACACCUCUUCGACAAACACAGAAUAAAAGCGGUAUUCAGCUUAACAUCAAAGCAGGCCUCAUCCCCAAAAGAUAAAGAAUACGUGGUCAGAAGAUCUGCAGUAGACCUCUCCAUCCCACUUUUCAGCGAAGCAAAAACAGCCAUCCUCUUCACUAAAGCUCUAAGCUCUAACCUGCCUGACAAAAUAAAAUUCCGCCAGUCUACUACUAAACAUAAAAAUUACAAUACUAACAAUGCUCCACUAACUCCUCCAGAAGUUAAACCGUGGAGUCACUACAUGGGCUUCCACCCUCAAUGA